GGGUGUUAACUAUGGCGUUUCCUUGUAAAUUCUAUGGGAUACACAUAAACUGUUGAAUUUCUAACAAUACUUGGGUUUUUAUAGGUUAACACAUUACAGAACCAAGUCACCCAUCAGAGUCGGAAGAAUGCUGUUCAUUGCCUGGAUUCUGAGUUCAAUGUUUAUCCAUGCAGAAAGCAGGGGCAAUGUCAACUCGCUUGAAUUCCAACGAGAUCAUGGAAUUAUUGCCACGUUAGAUGGGUACCUACCCCGCUGUACAGGGUGUGUGGUGUGGGGGAGGGACCCACUCAUUAUCUAUGGACGUAUGCAUAUACCACAGGACACGUUGUACGUAUUGGAUGAGGCAGUCUUUUUUGCCAUGGCUUGUGCGCUUGAUUUAGAUUCUUCCUACAAAAAUUAUGACUGCACCAACUAUUCCGAUCAUGAUUCCUACACCGUGGCUUGCAUGUUUAAUUAUCGAAUGUUCCCGCCAAAUAGCUGCCGAAAAUGGGAAGGUAAUCCGAGAACCCAAACUAUGGUAUGCGUAUAUACCCGCAAGGCUGUUUAG